UCCACGCACGCAGCCGCACACACAGAGCGCAGCACAUGGUGCGGUAUGGCUAGCACUGCAGCACUCAGCUCGCUGGUGGAGACGCAUGUGGCAUGGAUGUCGAGCCCCAAUCCGAUCCCGGCAGCACUCAGCUCCAUCAAUUCCGGCAGCACGCGGACGAGAGGCCAAUCCUGGUGGCGGCGGGGCUAGUCCACUAGAUCCACGGUGGAUCCGGCUUGCAGGGAUGAUAGCAGUAGAGAGAGGAGAAUAUAUAUCAUGUACUCUGACAGAUCUAGCCCUGCUUGCUAGCCGCAAGUUGUGUGUGUACACAUGGCCAGCAAAAUGCAGCAACAUUCUGACAUUGGGGCGUAAGAAGCAAGCUUCAGGCUCAAAUGUACUCGAUGUUGUGUAUGUGGCUGCUGGUACUGGGACUUAGGCGCUGGCAUGGUGUAUGUGGCGCUGCUGGUUGGUACAUGGAAAGAAUUUCUGGCGUUGGUUGCUGGUGUAGGCUGGUGGCUGGAACUUUUGGCUGCACGCUGGUGGAUGAAAAUUUCGUCUGUUGGUUGUCUGGUAGAAAAGAAUUUUUGUACACCAAAAGAAUUUUUGGCACUGCCGGCUAGCUUCAAAUUGUUUGGUGCAGGAGCUAGAUGCUGAAACUUGUCUAGUUGGCUAGAUUAUUUUGUACUCAUG